UUUCCUUUUUUGUUUCCUUCAUCAAUGGCGGUUUAGAUCUCCCAUUUGUACUUCCUACUUGCUUUCUACUCAAUAUAACUAACUCUAUCGAAGACGACCCAAAUCAGUUCAAAGUCUAUGCUUGGUAAUAAACGCGUCUAUAGUCUUUUACAAUUCUUCAACCAUCUUUUCUUUUCCUCGUAGAUUCUUUUCUUCCAAACACCCAAAACUCUUUCCUUUUAACCCUGUUCAAAUUCAGCUAAAAACCCAGAAAAGAUACGGAGCAAAAAUUUGAUCUUUAUAUAUAUAUAUAUAUAUUUAUGAUCAUCCUAGUUUAGAAUUACUGGGUUUCCAGAGAAAAAGACGUUGGAUUUGAUUUUCUGAGCUGGGUCAUUUUCUUUCAGUGGGUUGAGAGAAAAAAGAUGAUGGGUACUAAGCUUGGAGCUUUGGUGUGUGUUUGGUUUGUUUUAUACGGGUCGUGUGUGGGUAGAUUUGUGGUGGAGAAGAACAGCUUGAAGGUUACUUCACCUGACUGGUUGAAAGAUGUUUAUGAAUGUGCAAUUGGGAAUUUUGGAGUUCCUCAGUACGGAGGAACUUUGGUUGGUACAGUGGAGUACCCAAAAGCCAAUCAAAAGGCUUGCAAGAGCUUCGAUGAUGUUGAAAUCUCCUUCAAAUCCAAGCCCGGAGGCUUACCAGUCUUUCUUCUUGCCGAUCGAGGAGAUUGUUACUUUACCCUGAAGGCUUGGAAUGCACAGAAUGCUGGAGCAGCAGCUAUUCUUGUUGCGGAUGAUAGAGAUGAACCAUUGAUCACUAUGGAUACCCCAGAAGAAGAGGAUGCCCGAGCUGAUUAUCUGCAGAACAUAUCUAUUCCCUCAGCACUUAUUAGCAAAGCUUUUGGGGAUAAAAUAAAGAAAGCACUAUCUAAUGGUGAGAUGGUUAACUUAAAUCUUGAUUGGACGGAGGCUCUUCCACAUCCUGAUGAGCGGGUUGAAUAUGAGUUCUGGACAAAUAGCAACGAUGAGUGUGGACCUAAAUGUGAGAGUCAGAUUGAGUUUGUGAAGAACUUUAAAGGAGCAGCUCAGAUACUUGAGCGGAAAGGAUAUACUCAGUUCACUCCUCACUAUAUAACUUGGUAUUGCCCAGAGGCUUUUAUUUUAAGCAAGCAAUGCAAAUCUCAGUGCAUCAAUCAUGGGAGAUACUGUGCUCCAGAUCCUGAGCAGGACUUCGGCAUAGGGUAUGAUGGGAAGGAUGUUGUGGUUCAAAAUUUACGCCAAGCUUGUGUUUUUAAAGUAGCCAAUGAAAGCAGAAGACCGUGGCUUUGGUGGGACUAUGUGACCGACUUUGCAAUCCGUUGCCCAAUGAAAGAGAAAAAGUAUAACAAAGAGUGUGCUGAUCAAGUUAUCCAAUCACUUGGGAUUGAUCUCAAGAAGAUAGGCGAAUGCAUAGGUGAUACUGAUGCAGAUGUAGACAAUCCAGUUCUGAAGGCUGAACAAGAAGCACAAAUCGGCAAAGGCACCCGUGGAGAUGUGACUAUAUUGCCAACUCUUGUUAUAAACAACAGGCAAUAUAGAGGUAAACUUGACAGGGGGGCAGUUCUGAAAGCCAUCUGUUCAGGAUUCCAAGAGACCACUGAGCCUGCCAUUUGUUUAAGCGAUGGCAUAGAAACAAAUGAGUGUUUGGAAAACAAUGGUGGAUGCUGGCAGGAUAAGGUUGCUAACAUUACUGCAUGCAGGGAUACUUUCCGGGGAAGAGUGUGUGAAUGCCCUAUUGUGCAGGGUGUAAAGUUUCUUGGUGAUGGUUAUACUCAUUGUGAAGCCUCUGGAGCUCUACGGUGUGAAAUAAAUAAUGGAGGCUGCUGGAGGAAGACUCAGGAUGGCAGGACGUAUUCUGCUUGUAUUGACGACCAUUCAAAAGGUUGCAAAUGUCCACCGGGAUUCAAGGGUGAUGGAGUCAAUAGUUGUGAAGAUAUUGAUGAAUGCAAAGAUAAAUUAGUCUGCCAAUGCCCAGAGUGCAAAUGCAAGAAUACCUGGGGCAGUUACAAUUGCAGCUGCAGUGGCAAUCAAUUGUACAUGCAAGAACAUGAUACUUGUAUAAGUAAACAUGGUAAUACAGAGGUCAGCUGGAGCUUUGUUUGGGUUAUAAUUCUUGGUUUGGCUGCUGCUGGAGUUGGGGGAUAUGCAGUGUACAAGUACAGAAUCCGGAGAUAUAUGGAUUCAGAAAUUCGGGCGAUCAUGGCGCAAUAUAUGCCCUUGGAUAACGAAGGAGAGAUCCCAAAUCACGUUCCUCAUGGAAGUGCCUGAAUUUGGGGUGGUGGUAUGUGAAAUAGAGCUUGGAAAGAAAAGUUUCCAAAAUAUGGAGUAUCACCAACAUCAUUUAUAUGUUGAGGCUGUGUGUGUGUGAGACAAUUCCAACUAGUGCAUAUAACACCCCAUAACAUUGAAAUUUUUCCUUCUUCAGUAGCUUGGUUUAAUUUCAUUUCUUGGCUA